AUGAAGUUAACUUUAAAUCUUCAAACUUUUGGUAAGAAGAAUUUCAGGGUUGCGCAAUAUGAUGAUCAAACAACAGUAAAGAAAAUGGUAGAUAGUCUUUUAGAGGUUAAUUAUGUUCCAACAUUAGACAAUUAUAUCAAAUUGUUUUCAAAAGAAAUAGUUGUGGUUAUUCAUGAUGAUAUUGUUAUAAAUGGUGAUAGCGACAAUACUUUGCAACAGUCAAAUAUAGUAGAUGGUGAAUAUAUCUAUUUGUUGGAGAGAUCAGAAUACUUUAAAAUCGGCAGCAUGAAACUUUUCAUUAAACCUUUAGAUGGUAAUAAGUUUACAUUGGAUAACAUCUCAUGUUCACAAACAAUAUAUUCAGUAGCGAAAUUAGUUUCACAACGACUAAUGAUACCAAUAGAAUCUAUUCGCUUCAUCUUUGCAGGAAAUCAAUUAGAUUUUAAAAAAUCUGUUUCCAACUCUUCACUGCAGACUGAAUCAACUUUACAUUUAGUAUUAAAAUAA